GUUUGCAAUGGUGCUAUAUCCGCUGGGCCUCUGGGUCUGUGCCGUCAUGCUGCAUGCCCUUGGGAGAGCAGAGAAAGGUGAGUGAUGAGAAUGUGUGUUUUAUGUGUAUCAUCCUUACAUGUUUUUACCCUGCAGUGUUGGGGAGUAGUGAACUACAUUUAGUUCAACUAGUAAUUGAACUACAUUUUGCAGUAGCUUGGUGGAAGUUGAAUUACAAUAAAUUACAAUCAUGGUAGUGUUUUCAGUAGUUCAUUACUUUUUUGCCAUGUAGUGGUGUAGCUAACUACUGGAACUACACACUACCUUGUUUGCAAAAAGAACAGAAAAUAUGUGUGAAAUAGGCAAGAAUGUCCUUCCUUUUUCGGGUUCAGACCUUUUUUAAAAAUUUUUAAAUUAUUUUUUUUUUAGUCAUUUUAGCAGAUGCUCUUAUCCAGAGCGACUUACAGAUAGUGAGUGCAUACAUUAUUUUUUUAUUUCAUACUGGCCCCCCGUGGGAAUCGAACCCACAACCCUGGCGUCGCAAACACCAUGCUCUACCAACAUCCCUGCCGGCCAUUCCCUCCCCUACCCUGGGCCAAUUGUGCGCCACCCCAUAGGUCUCCCAGUCACGGCCGGCUACGACAGAGCUGCCUAAUUCUCACUUGAAACAUAGUUUUUGUCUUGAUUAAUAAUAGGCUAAAUUACACAUUUCCCUGUGUUGUACAUAUAUUUCCACACUAUGAGUUUGAAAUAAUACUGUGAAAUUGUGAAAAUUAUGAUAAUACCCUUUUAAUUUAAGAGCAGUUAGAAAAGACCGCCUGAAAUUUCAGCCUGUUUUGGUGGGAUGGGGUUUUGGUCUGUCUGGUGACAUCAACAUGCAUUCAAUUAGUUAAUAGACCAAUAAGAAAGAGAGUUCCAAACCUCUCUCCCAAUAAGAGCUAGUUUUCAGUUUUCCCCUCCCCACUCAGACCACUCCCAGACAGUCCUAGCAAAAUUAUUUAUUGAGAAAUUGCUCUUUGCUAAGAAGCUGUUUUUGUUUAUUUUUGACCAUUUUAAUUGAAAACAAUCUCAGUGAAGUACUUAAUUGUUACCCAGAAAAUAUUUGGCGCAUUUGACCUUUUUUAUAUUUUUUUUGAUGACAUGAUAUGAUGACUUUUCCCAAGAGCUUGGAUGUCGUGAACUUUUUUCAAAGCACUUUAGUUAAGAACUUCACUGAUUGUGCUUAAAAAUACACCUUUCCUAAAAUACUUAUUUAACUGUUCCUCUCCACAUUAAAUAGUUUAGGAACGCUGAUCCAGAGACUUACAGUAGGAAUACUCAUUUUUUUUUUUAAUAUCCCCCCCCGUGGGAAUCGACCACAACCCUAGUUAGGUCAACUGCCAUGAGUCUAUCAACUGAACAUCCUGCGCCAUUCCCUCCCACCUGGACGAAAGGGCCUUGGUCUCCCGGUCGGGCCCUAAAGCCGUGUUCGACCAUGAUCUCUGUGGCACAGUUUGCAUGCUACAGUGCCUUAGAAAGAGAGUGGAGUUUCAUCUACACUGAAAGUGGAUUAACAACAGUGCAUAAGUGAUCAUAGCUUUCACCUGGUCAGUCUGUCAUGUUAAUGUUUUGUACAGUCAGUUCUUAAGGGUAGCUUUAAUGUAGCCUAACUUCUUCUAGUGUGAAGUAAUUGGUCAAUUGGUAAACUAUCAUUUCAGAGUAGCUUCCCCAACACUGUUACCCUGUAGUGUGCUAUGUGUACCUGUCACGAUCGUUGAGAGACGGGUCAGACCAAGGUGCAGCGUGGGAUGCGUACAUGUUUAUUAAACGAAUAAACACUUGACAAAAUAACAAAACAACGAAACGUGAAGCUCAAACAGUGGCUACAACACAACAAGCCAAACGCGAGUCAAGAUCCCACAACUAAGGUAGGCAACCAGGCUACCUAAGUAUGAUCCCCAAUCAGAGACAACGAGCGACAGCUGCCUCUGAUUGGGAAUCACACCCGGCCAAACAUAGAAAUCUCAAACUAGAUCUACAACCUAGAAAUACAAUAACAUAGAAUUCAACAGAAACUCACACCCUGACCCAACCAACAAGAGUUCUCUCGAUCAGGGCGUGACAGUACCUUACUGAGCUCUAUUUCUGUGUCUGUCUGACAGUAACUCAAACGACUGAGCCAAGUUUCUCUGGGAGCACAGAAGGGUUGAAGACUGGGACAGUUACUAUAGGGCCGGACGAGACCCAAAGCCCUGAUACACACAGACACCAGAGCCUAGAACCAGACCUGAACCAAGAACGGCCUCCCUUGGACCUCUGUAAGGAUGAUGAGCUAUUUAACGGAGAGGUGAGAUCAUUGUGAUAAUCUGUGGUCCCUGUGAUGGCCCUGUCUCAAACCAUUUUAGAUGUAUAAUCUCUCCCUCUCUCUCCACCAGAUGCACCAGAAAAUAUACCAGAGGGAUCCUCAUGGUGUUAUGCAGCUGGUUAAGAGCGAGGACUACGAAGAGACUGACAUUGUCACCAGCAUUGACCCCUUCAAACUAUCAUACAGUAAGACAAACGCACAAAGACACAAACACACACUCACACAAUUGCACACGCAUGCACGCUCACUGAACCCUAUCUGUAACGUUAGGUGGACUGGCCUGCUGUCUUAUCUACCCAACCAAUCAACUCAACUGCUCCUGGAAAUUCCAUGGUCUCCCUAAUGACAGCCAAUACUCUUCCUAUGUCUCGUAAGCACCUCCGAACAAUAUCCAAGACACACAGAAAAUGAAAGGCUUAGCAACAACAUUGUUUCAUGCAAUAUUAAUAGUACAAGCUUGUCAAUUCAUAGGUUAUUACUGUGAAAUUACCAUUUUACAGUACAAUAAAAUGCUAAUCUAAUUUUAGUACGAAACCCACCCUCAACCCGGACAGCACACAGUCUGCUUUAAGCGCUGCUGUGUGUGUGUUUGAAUAUCAGUGCGUGUAGGAAAACUGAGAGGAUCUCCAGUGUGGACUGUGUCUCUGAGGUGAUGGGAGGCCAGGGAGCCCAGGGAUGGACUGGUAACGCUGGCGGUGUGGUUCGGGACGUGUCUGCUGGCUGCCAAGGCAGUGUGGAUGACAGCGUCACCUCUUUGAUCCUGACUUUCAACGUGUCACUCCCUGACGUGUGGUGCAUCUACAUCCUUAAAAACGACACCAGAGAUAUUGAAGUACUGCGCCCACCCCCCAACAUCACUGCCUGGGUCAGAGAGGAGGGUCUGCUGGUGCAGUGGGAUCUCCCGUCCAGCCGGUCUAAGACCACCACCACCAGCUGCUUCCACUACCAGCUACAGAUCAAUGACCUGGUAAUACUAUACCAGAGAGAGUUGUGUUGUCUAACUUGUCUUGUGUGUGUGUUCAGUGGUGGCCCUGUUUAUUAAGAGGCUAUUUGUAUAUGUGUAUUGUAAGCUGAGGAGCUUUAAGGCGGGACUGACAUACACUGAGACCAACCUGGACCGCACACAAUCAUACGAUGUGAAGAUGAGGGUGAGGAAGAGUCUUAACUGCAGAGGAUCUCAACACUGGAGCAGCUGGAGCAACACCAUCAGUGAGUCUGCCUUCAUCAAUAUUAUAAUCAUAUCUGCUUGUAAAACUGAAACAAUAAAACGUAAUAAUGCCAACUGGAUGCUUUACAGCGGUAAAAAAAACAUAAUUUGCUUUCUUUUCUUUCGUUUAUGUUUACACCGCUGUGUGCGUGUUCAGCCGUGGCCCUGUCUGAAUCACCCAAUCAGCUGAACUCUCUGGUGGUCGUUGGUGUCACUCUGGGGAUACCCAUGAUCCUCCUUGCUCUGCUGCUGCUGAUCCGACUCCAGAGGUAUUUUGUUGGGUUCAUGGAAUUUCAUGGAGAGGGAGGAAGAGAGAAAUGGAGGGAUGAAGAGAGAAAGAAAUGGAGAGAGAGAGGGAGGAACCAAAUAGAAACACAGAGAAAUUGAGAAAAAGAGAGAAGGAAACCGAGAGAGAAAGGGAGUGACCAGAGAGAAACAGAACAUUUACAAAAAAGACAGACAGACACACAGAGAAAGAUACACAGAGAGAUGAGACAAGUGUUGAGGUGUUAGAUUUUAGCGUCUGUCCACAGACCACACACAUUUUCACAGUGAAACUGAACUUCCUUCCAACGAGAGGUGGAAAACACCCGUUAUUCUUAGAAAACAACAGAAAGAGGAACACAAAUGCCUGUGUGAUUGAACAGUAACUGGCAAGAACAAUAUGAAAACAGUAUACAAUAUACUGUUUAAAUGUAAUUAUAUAAUGCUAUGGUGUUAGUGGUGUGAUUCCCUGGCUACUGACUGACUGACUGUAGUGUGUGUUUUCAGGGAACGUCUGUUUCCCCCCAUCCCUGGUCCCCCACUGAAGAUGAAACACCUCUUGGAGAGAGACGACCUAUUUCAGGUGAAUAAACACACGUACAGAGCAGAAACAUUUGUUAUGUUUACUUGGUGAACUAUCAUAUCAUAACCCUUCUCUUGUGGAGCUAACAAAACUUCUCUCUUUCUGGUUUGCAGUUUGUCCCUCAGGCCCUGCCGUCCAAAUGUGUUGAGGAGAUCACAGUGGUGGAGGAAGCUGAGGAAACACCUGUCAAUAUGGCCAGUUAGACAAGAUGGCCGGUUUAAAGUAGUCUCGUAAAUACCAGACAAGCUCGCGGGAUCAGGCAGCUUUGCAAGGCUAUGUUUAAAGCCCUAUCAUCCUUAACCGCUAGGCUCGUGGGCCGAUCUGUAAGAAGGAUCCCCUUAGCCUAUCAGAGGUCAAGAUGCAGUCAUUACCAUUUGUUAAUACCUAUCCAAUCCUUUCAGAUCU